AUGGACGACCAGGUCCUAAAGCUGGCUGAGCUACAUUACAUAGCAGAACAGAGUGCACGUCAUGCCCGUAUCUGGGAGGGUCAAUACCAAGGUAUUCAUUCCUUCCAAAUCAAAGCAAGCACCCUCAAUCCUCUGACUGAAAUAGCGCCCCCUUGUCCCAAUUUCAAAGAAAAGUGGCAGUCCAUCACUCCAAAGCUCCUUGAGGGGUACAUUGAACGAGCUCGGCUCCUGGACUCGUCCGAUUUGCAUCAGAAAUCUCGAAAUGACUACGAGAGAUUUGUCCAGAUGUUGUACAAUAAGUGUUUUGCCGAUAUGGAACAGCUUACUGUGGAAAUGACUUCGUCUAUUUCUGUGAACGACUUUCAGAAUCAGUUGAAAAGCUUGAACGAUAACGACUUGUCUGAAAUUUACCAGUCCUUGGCUAUCCAAGAUGAAGAGGAUAGUGACCUUGACGGUUACAUGUCCGAUAUUGUUGAUCAACUGGAGUACAAUUUGCGAGAUAAUGAGGAUCCUGUCAUUCCUACUAUCGAGAAAGCGGUGGAGAAAGGCAAACUUGCACUGCAGCGGCUGUCAAAGGCAUUGGAAGGCUCCCAUGUCUCGACGGAUGACACUGACUGGAAGUCCGAAAUUGACCGGACCUUGCCUUACGCUCAAAGCGCCAAGGUAAUCAUCGGGGUCGUCGGUAGCACUGGCGCAGGCAAGUCUUCUCUCAUCAAUGCCAUUGCCGACGAAGAAAUCAUUCUCGCCACAAACUGCAUGCGCGCAUCUACAGCUGUGGCUACCGAAAUCUCAUUCAACUAUGGGGAUUCCAAAUACAUGGCCCAGAUUGAGUUCAUUAAGCGCGAAGAUUGGUUGCGGGAGCUUGAGGUUCUUGUCAGUGACCUAAAAGAUAACCGCGAUGAGGUCAUAAAGGGCAAGGCACCAAGAGACUCCGAAGCUGCGGUAGCUAUGGACAAAAUCAAGACUGUCUAUCCUUGGCUGGAGCCCCAGGACAUCCUCAGCACUCCGAUUGCGACACUCCUUGACCAUUUGAGUGUGGUGCACCUGCUGGGUAGCAACGUGACUAUCAAAGAGAACAAGGCACGAGUUUUCUCACGCAAAGUCAAGUUUUAUGUUGAUAGCCGGGGCAAGCGUGCCGCUAAGGGCAAGAAGACAGAAGCCCACAAAGAGAUGGGACUAUGGCCACUAAUUCGCGUGGUUCGAGUAUUCGUCAAGGCAGAUGCAUUGUCUACAGGAGCAGUGCUGGUAGAUCUACCUGGUAUCUUUGAUACCAACUCGGCUCGUGUAGCAGUCGCUGAAGCUUACAUGAAGAUGUGUGCGGCACAUUGGAUUGUCACCCCGAUCAAUCGCGCUGUGGAUGACAAAGUCUCAAGAGAUUUGCUGAGCAAGAAUUUCAAAAUGCAAAUGCAAAUGGACAGCGCAUUCAAUGACAUCACGUUUAUCUGCACUAAAACCGAUGAUGUUUCCAUACGUGAGGUGCGGAAUUCAUUGAAGAUUGACGUGCCGGUGCAAAAGCAACGCGAGGCGGAUAUUGCAAAGAUUGGGGCCGCACUGUGCGAGCUUCGUGAGAGGAGAUCAAAAAACAUGGAAGAGCUUGAUUAUCUCAAUGAUGAUCUCGAUGAGCUGGAGGAACGUCUCUCGGGGGGAGAGCAUGCAAUUGAUCCAUCCCUCCUCUCCCCAACCAAGCGCAAACACAGCAACAUCGGAUUGGAUCCUGUGUCGAGCUUCAUCGAAAUGCCUUCGAGCCCGUCGACUACAGACAAUUCUGUAAACAUGCAUGUGGAAAUGUCUGCCGAGAUGCAGCAGUUACUGAGUCAGUACCAUGAGAUAAAGGCGAGGCGAAAGACUCUACAAGCGCGGAGAAAACCGCUGAAUGAGGAGAUCCGACUCAAGGAACAAGAGUUUGAAAAACUCAAAACGCAGUCCGAAAAGUCCAAAGAAGAAAUCUUUCGUGAAUGCAUCAGAGCUCGCAACGAAUAUUCCAAACAAGAAAUCAAACGGGAUUUUGCUCGCGGAAUUUUGGAUCUAGACGAGGAAAACCAGGCGGAUGAGAAUGAGAGCCCAGGAAACGACAAUGAACCUCAGCAAACUAGAGACUAUGAUGCGUUGGAAAGGGACCUUCCUGUAUUCUGUGUAUCGACACGGGCUUAUCAAAAACUGCGUGGCCGACUCCGCAAGGAACCCGUUGUCGAGGGAUUCGCGAGUUUUGAAGAGACGGAAAUCCCACAGUUGCAGAAGCAUUGCAUAGAAUUAACGGAAAAGGCAAGAAGAACGUUUGCACUUCGAUUCUUGACGAAACUCGACCAAUUACUGCAGUCAAUGUCCUUAUGGUCCUCAGUAACCAACUCGGCGAACAUAAUACCUGACCAGAGGACACGCGAGAUGGAAACUGGUUUCAACAAAGCGCUCUCUAUCCUUAAAACCGUAUGCCUUCCCGACUGCUUUUGCAUGGACCAUGAUUCUGACUAUUUCAGAAAACCGCCAAUUCGAAAGAUAUAUCGGGCCAUUGGAAUAGCACUCAAGGAGUUUCCACAAACAGUCGAAAAAUGGAAUGCUCGGCGUGCGGAAGGAGGCCUUGCUUUCCAAACCUAUCGUGCCAUGUGCAAGCGGCAGGGCAUAUUCCGAGAUAAAAAUUGGAAUGAUGAUCUAGCUAUUCCUAUGCUGAACACAAUCAUGCAUGGGUGGAAGCAGUGUUUUGAAAGCUUUAGUCCUAAGCGUCUCCGGCAUUUGAUCGACACACUCAUCCUCAUAUUACGCCAAUUCCACCGAGAUGCAGUUCUUUCCGCCGGCGACGGCAUUGCAAUCAAAAACGAAAAGAAGCUAGACAACUCUGUUGAAAGUCACUGCAAGGCAUUAGAGACCAGCCUCAAGGAUCUACGAAAUCAGAUCCAAACCGAGCAGAAGGACAUCAGUCGCAUCUUUGCCCAAGUGAUCCGUCGGGAAUUGAGGAGUACAUAUGAGGAAUGUGCAGAGCAAGUUGGUAGAGCCUUGAUGCUGACCUUAGAUGAUCGAAUAGGUAGCGGUACCCUUAAUCGCAUGAGAGAACUGAUGUUUCAGCGGACCAAGGAUGCGAAUCAAGUGUUUAAAAAAAGUGCCAUACGCGUUCGACGUGGCUUGCUUGAAUUGGAGAAAACUACGGGCGAGAGGCUUGGAGAGAUUCUCGACAAGACAGUGAGCGAUAUGAAGCGCGACUACUACACGGUGCUCAUUGAACCCGGGGUUCGGAAAUUUUCCAAUGAACAGAUCCAAAUCCGGAACGAGGUGCACAAGAUCGUCCAGGAGAUCCAAACAGAGCUGCAACUGGACGAGCUUCUAAGGAUGAAAGAGAGUGGCAGCCACCGCGCUGCUCCCGAGACAACUGUCAAGGCGGAACCCACCGAGGUCGAGACUAGAGGGGUGCAGGAGGUCGGGGUGACAAUCAAAAGAGAGCUUGACGACUGGGAGGCCCAGGCAUGA